UGAUCUCUGCCAAGGUGACAAUCAGUCUCAGUUUCGAUAUUGUGAACGAGAAGGGUCAAAAUGGAAUACAAGAUGAAGAGGGAGCAGCUGGAGAGGGAGGAAAUCUUGAAGAAUCGUACUAUAUACGGUGCCCCAUGCAGAAUAUCGAACUGGUUCGAAGAUAAAGCGCUGCAGGAACACAUGAUUCUUUACACCAAAUACAAGGGAGAAAGGUGCAGCCUUCUCAUACAGAAGACCAAGAAGAUGUUCAGGAAUUUGUUGAGACCAACUCGGUUGUCCACAGACACCGAAUUCUUGAAGCACGGCUAUAAUUAUCGCAUAAAGGCUCUAGAUGUUCCCAAUCUAUUGACCCCUGAGCUUAGAGAGAAAGGCAACGUCCAGGGCCUCUAUUUGUCUGGAGUCGUCACAGACAGAGAGAUAGACACGGUGCAAGAACUGACGCACGGUUGUACGGUGAGUGCAGCGGCGGGUAAGUUGCCAUGCGUGAGGAACACCUUCAAGUUAGUAGGAUGCGACCAUGACGCAUGCGGAGAGCCGGUCUUGUACGAAAAAGACUUCUUCAUACAGAUAGCAGACGAUGGAAAGGUGCCGCUGUAUCUGCGAUGUGAGAGCAUCUCCAUGGGUGCUAUUGGCGUUGAGAGGGAGGUUCAUAUGUCACAAAUUGCUGACAAUCAGUGCAGAUUCAAGCUGCUGGAUUGGAACCCGAACGUACGUUACGAAACGUCGGGUUCGGUGGUCAGCCCCAGGUCUCGCGUGAUGAUACAGCAUUCAGCCUCCGGUCAGAACUUGGCGGUGCAGUACAACAAGUUCAUGCCAACCUUCUUCGGCGUCGAGUGCUGCAUAGUCUGUAAGACCUACAGGGACACCCACAAAAUGGAAUGUAUGGAGAAUUUCUGGACGUUCAUCGGGGAGGAGCCGCUGAACAAGAACAUGAUAGUUAGGGCGGCGCAGGGGGAGGAUAUACCGGACGAUUACCUGGAGUGAAAGGAAGGAAGGAGUAUUUUUUAUUUAUAUUUUCUAUUGAGAGUGGGAGAUUGUUUUUGUAUUGGUUUUUACUAGGUCAUACUAAGUGUUAUUCUCAGUUUUUUGUUGGAGGAAGAAUAAAAUACUUCUACUUUUUUUU